CAACAAUUGGGUAUUGCAGUGUAGAAAGACUUCAAAACAGAGAAGAAGCAAAGAAAUCCAUCAUUUUAGAAAACAAAAAAACCAGGCCAAGCUCCCUUUUCUUUUCAUUCCCAGAAGAAGUCUCCCAAUGGCACAAACAACUCCUAACCACACACAGACAGUUUCAGGCUGGGCAGCUCAUGAUUCUUCCGGCAAAAUCACUCCCUAUGUCUUCAAGCGCAGGGAAAACGGGAUUGAGGAUGUGACCAUCCAGAUCUUAUAUUGCGGGAUGUGCCAUACCGACAUACAUUUCGUCAAGAAUGAAUGGGGCAUUACCAUGUACCCUGUUGUCCCCGGGCAUGAAAUUACAGGGAUAAUAACCAAAGUAGGAAGCAACGUGACCAAAUUCAAGAUUGGAGACAGAGUAGGAGUUGGGUGCUUGGCAGCUACGUGCUUGAAAUGUGAAUACUGCCAGAAUUCACAGGAAAACUACUGUGAUCAGGUUCAGCUGACUUACAAUGGCAUCUUCUGGGAUGGCAGCAUCACUUACGGUGGCUACUCCCAGAUGCUGGUUGCUGAUCAAAGAUACGUGGUGAGUAUACCGGAUGGUCUGCCAAUGGAGGUAGCUGCACCAUUGUUAUGCGCUGGAAUCACAGUUUACACCCCAAUGAAAGAUGAGGGAUUGUUGGAGAAGGAUUCAGCCAGGAAAAGAAUUGGUGUACUUGGGAUGGGUGGUUUAGGCCAUUUGGCUGUGAAAUUUGCAAAGGCUUUCGGUCACCAUGUCACAGUCGUCAGCACAUCUCCGUCCAAAGAAAAAGAGGCCAGAGAACGAUUCGGAGCUGAUGAUUUCGUGCUUAGCACCGAUUUAACACAAAUGCAGGUUAGUUCAUUGCUGACUCCGUUCUUUCUUUUUCUUUCAUUGGUUUUAGUGACUGUGAUGUUUGAGUAUUUUGCUUGGUUUAACUAAAAGUUUUGAGUGUUGAAUUUAGUGAACGUCUGAUUGAGAAACACGACGGAUGACAUUAAUGAAACUAAUUAAACAAUCCUAUGAUUCUAAGGACAUGAGAAACACGACACCUUUCAUUAGUUAGUACAUUAUUACUUCAUCAAAUUUUUGUCUUUGGGCAUUUUACUGCUUAAAAUACUUGAUCUUUGACUGUUGUUUUUGGCCUUUUUUUUAAUGCAUGCAAUGUAUAGGCUAGGAAAAGGACGAUGGAUUUCAUUAUAAACACCAUACCAGCGAAUCACUCAGUGGGACCAUAUCUGGAGCUGCUGAAAGUGAAUGGAAUUCUGUCGAUCGUGAAUGUACCGGAAAAGCCGAUAGAGCUGCCGUCUUUCCCACUGAUAUUCGGGAAGAGGGUGGUCAAAGGCAGCAUAAUCGGAAGUAUUAAGGAAACACAAGACAUGAUGGAGCUGUGUGCAGAACGUAACAUCCUUUGUGACAUCGAAGUUGUUCAGACUGAUCAAAUCAAUCAAGCUCUUGAGCGCUUGGAAAAAAAUGAUGUCAAGUACCGCUUUGUGAUUGACAUUGCGGGCCAACAUAAUCAAAAGUCCAGAAUUUAAAGGCCCAACCCAAUUAUUUCUUUGCAGUUAUCACCUUUUGGUCAUUUUUCUUGUUUUGUAUUUUUCGUGGGGGAUGAAUUUGUAUAACUUCUCCAUAUAGCAGCUAGUUCCACAGUCGGGGAAGUGUCUGAAUUUGCACAAACUUUGUUAAAGAAUUACAUCUCAUUAGCCCAUUCAAAGCUUCCACCAUAUUAUCUUGUGAAGUAAGGAAUUAGUAGCCCUUUGUAUCAGUUACUCUUUACAGAAAGAAUGCAUGUGCCAUAUGCAGUAUGGUGAAACCAUAAUUAGUUUUAAAAAAUGGUUGUAAACUUUGAGCUUAAUUGGAAGAAGCUUAGCUAGCAUUUUGGAGCUGGUUAAAUCAGUUAAGGAAAACCUGUC